CAUUGUUGCAGCCUUCCCCAGCCCACUGAUCCUAAUAUGGAAUGCAGCAGGAAACCCAUGAUUUCCUGACACUCGGCAAGCUGGAGGAAGCAAGGGGAAAACUCCAUUAAAAAGCCCAGCUUCCCUCCAUGUUAGAUGUGAAGUGGGAAAUGGGGAAGAUUCGGCAAACUUCCACUGUGUCUUCAGUCAGGCUGGAAAGGGGGAGAGCAGAGUGAAACCCUGAAGCCUGUUGAAAUUUCCAGACUGGCAGGAAGCCCCUAGAAGUUGGUGGAAAUGAGGGUUUCUUAACUCAAACUGGCAGGGGAAAGGGACAGACCCUUUGAAUAAUUCUCACAAGCGUGUGUUACCUUUCUUUACCAGUAUGCUAAGCCAGGGGGCACAUGCCAGCUGCCACGGACGAAUCUGUAUGAUCCCAGGUACCCAAAGUAAGGCAAAGUGAUCUGCCGCCUGCCGCGGGCUGCCCGCCUUCCAUGGGCUCGGGGAGAAGCAGGAGAAACCACAGCAGCAGCUCAGUCACCACAGCUGGAGCCACAAGAAUGAACUGCAAGGAGGGAAACGACAGCAGCUGCAGCUGCGGGGGCAACCAGGAGGAGAAGAAGAUGCUGAAGUGUGUGGUGGUGGGGGACGGCGCCGUGGGGAAAACCUGCCUGCUGAUGAGCUACGCCAACGACGCCUUCCCAGAGGAGUACGUGCCCACUGUGUUUGACCACUACGCAGUUACUGUGACAGUGGGAGGCAAACAACACUUGCUCGGACUGUAUGACACCGCAGGACAGGAGGACUACAACCAGCUGAGGCCUCUCUCCUACCCCAACACUGAUGUGUUUUUGAUCUGCUUCUCUGUUGUAAAUCCUGCCUCUUACCACAAUGUCCAGGAGGAGUGGGUCCCAGAGCUGAAGGACUGCAUGCCUCAUGUGCCUUACAUCCUCAUAGGGACCCAGAUUGACCUCCGUGAUGACCCCAAAACCUUGGCCCGUUUGCUGUACAUGAAAGAGAAGCCUCUCACGUACGAGCAUGGUGUGAAGCUUGCCAAAGCGAUCGGAGCACAGUGCUACUUGGAAUGCUCAGCACUGACUCAGAAAGGUCUCAAGGCUGUGUUUGAUGAAGCAAUCCUCACCAUUUUCCACCCCAAGAAAAAGAAGAAACGCUGCUCCGAGUGUAACAGCUGCUGUUCAAUUAGCUGAGGUGGCUCGAGACCCACCUCCACCCCAUCGAAGGGUGAGAAUGGCAGCCAACCUCCACGACCAAGCUCAAGCCAAUCAGGAGGGGAUGACCAGAGAGGAAAUCACUUCACACAGAGGCUUCUUCUCCACCCUGUGAGCUCCCAGCACAGCACACUAGCCAGCCAGCUGCCACGUCCUCCCUACCAGCCAGAAGCGUCCACGUUGCACACUCUAUGAGAAUGCUGAGCCCAUGUUUCAGCCAGUGCUACUGCUGACCAUGUUGGGAACAAAGCCAAAAGCCAUCUUGCAUCUCCCCCCUCCCAUGAACAUGAAGCUGAUAGGGAACCAUCACAGGAAAACCAAAAGGGGCUCUUGGUUCUUGAACUGGUGGCCUUACUUAAUGUCUUUUACAAAACAUGGGAAUACAAUACAAACCUCUCUUUCUGAAUCUGCUAUUCUACCUACGUGUCUUACAUUCAUUUGUAUUAAGAAAUUUACUAAUUUACCAGUUUACUCAGGCCUUACAAAUCCAUACCAAAUUAGCCUAAAGACAAAGUAUUUUACAUUCAUUUCUAUUUUUAGCAUGUUUCUACCAAAGCUAUUAGAACCAACAUGUACCUCUGAAUGCCUGACUCUAAGAAGAUACAAGAAAAUGUUCAAACUUUUGGAAAUAUUCAGAGCCACGAUUUUUGAACCUGGUUGAAAGCAAACAUCACCUGAAUCAUUGCAGGUCUACAUUUUUGCCAAAGCGUCACCCUGGAAAUGCCUACAUGGAUGGGGUAGCCUUAUUGUUUUCCAUGUUAUAUUGUCAUGGCAAAUUACAAAUGAACUAUGUUUUAAAAAGUAGCAUUUCUGCUUUUCAAUCAAAUUGAUUGGGGGAAGAAUAUGGCAGACCUAUCGUUUAAAAUAUUCUUUCUUCAGCCAAGUGAACGUCCCCGCUCCCCCCACUCCUAUCCCCUCCCCGUUGCAUGCCCUUUUCCUCCCCUGAUUUCACACUUUCUCCAUGUCCAAUAAGGACCUGAUCGAAAA